AUGUAAAAAGGGUAGUGAGAGAAUGUAACACCCUCACAUGAUUGUGGAUUCUAGGCAAAGAAACAUGAUACUUUAGACAUUGAGGGUGUUUUGUGAUGUGGCUCAAGUCAGACCCUCAGCACCUGCUGUCCUCAUGGUGAGAAGACACUGGUCAGCUUCCUGAGUAACGGGCACCUUGUGGACAGUACAAACUGGGGCGUGGGGACCCUGCCCACCACAUCCUGUGACUUUGUCAGCUUUGCUCAACUCCUGUCUCCUGCUCAAGAGCAGCAGCAGCAUGUUCCCCAAAUUCCUCAGCCUCCUGGGUCUUGGGUUCUGUCUGGGCCAGAGGAUCUGGACAUUUGCAGGUGGGCACAACAAGCCCUCCCUGUCAGCCUGGCCGAGCCCUGUGGUUCCCCUUGGAGGGAGUGUGACUCUUCAGUGUCAUUUCUACCCUCCAUUUACCUCAUUCAAACUAAUCAAAAGAAAUGGGACCCCCAGUCCUGAGCUCCAGAGAGACCACAUCAACACCUUCACCAUGAGCCCUAUGACCACAGAGCAUGUAGGAUCCUACAGAUGUUUUGGACAUCACAGCCACACAUCUGGUUGGUCAGCACCCAGUGAUGCCCUGGAGAUCGUGGUCACAGAAGAGGCUGUGACCCUGCACUGUCAUUCAGAACUCAUAUUUGACCAGUUUAUCCUGUGCAAGAAGGGGGAUGCACGGCAUUCCUGGCAGGUUGUGGAGAAACUCCAUGCCAGGAAUGGACAAGCUCACUUCUCCAUGGGCCCCAUGACACCUGCACAUUCAGGGACCUACAAGUGCUACGGCUCUGUCCAUCACUCACCCUAUGAGUGGUCAGUCCCCAGUGACCCCCUGAAGGUUGUGAUCACAGCAACAACACAGUAA